AUGGCCGACGGCAAAGACUCCCUCCGCCUAGCUCCCGAUGAGUUCAAGCAGCUCGAGGUUCUGCGAAACCGAUUCCACCAGCUCACUCACAGUCUAAACAGUCUGUUUAAUGAUAUCCAGAGAAGCCAGCCUCUCCCUAGCCAAGACUCCCUCACCGCUUCAGCAGCCAUCCUUCAAAAGAGUCUCGAAACCAUUCAGAAACUCGCCGACGAGAACUCCGAGUUAUUUCAGCGCAUCGUCGUCCACCCGUCAACAAACUUCCCUGGUCGCACCCAGGAACACAUCCUCCUACAACUACUGCGAAAGAAACUUGAGCCGGAAGUCGAGAGCUGGGUCGAAGAUGCGCGUAGCGUGGCAAGGGCUUCCGGUCUGGAUCCGAGCAAACUGGCCAGCUCCCAACAGAAGACCAACGGCUACGACGAGGACGACGACGACUACCGAGACGAAGAAGAGGACGCACCUUCGGAUCCGUUUAACGAACAGUGGGUCGACAUGUUCCAGGUCAGCAUGGACAGUAUCAGGGACUACCUCAUGAACCAAGCGAACGAGCCCUACACGAUCGCCGAGCGCGAAAUGGGUAUUGAGAAUGUUCGUACCGGUCUGAAGCGAUCGCUGGAGGAGGAAGACAGCGAAGAAGAGGAAGACGAGGACGAGGACGAGGAUGAUGAUGAGAACAAGCCGCUUGCAGCUGCUGGGGUCGACAAAGUCAACGCGGCCAACCUGUUCCACCCAGAGCAUGUCCUCUGGAUGGCUUCGAGGGGCAAUAUGAAGGUGAAGAAUGUUGACCUGGAGGCUAUUCGCAAGAGAGAGAAGCCUAGGGGACGUCCAGCUCCCGCGCAAUGA